GCCCACAGUUUGCAAAAACAUAUCGCGCCUUGCCCCGACCUUUCCACAACCGUUCAGUAGUCAACGACCAACGACGUAAGUAACCACUACGAUACCCAUUGCCCUCGACCAGCCCGACGGAAUUUGAAGCGAGAGCCGAUAUCUGCAGAUUCGAAAAGAUUCAAUCUUCCGAGAAUUUUGCAGCCCUGCUCAACCUUCGACUCCCGCUGCGAAAUAUCCACCAUCGACCGGCAUCACGAACAAUUUUGCUAACCCGACCUCACAACAGAAACCGGCAAGAUGGGUAUCUCUCGUGACUCUCGGCAUAAGCGCUCCCACACCGGUGCCAAGCGGGCCUGGGGGCACUCGAAGGUCCGCAUGGAGGUUCCUGUGGUGGUUCACACACUGGGUGCUUUUCUUGCUUCUCGAGAGGAGCGGAGAGGUGGCUGUGUCCGAACAGGGAAGAAGAGAGCCUUCGAGCUUGGUCGCCAGCCCGCCAACACCCGUAUCGGUGCCAAGCGCAUCCACACCGUCCGCACCCGCGGUGGUAACCACAAGUACCGCGCUCUUCGUCUCGACUCUGGUAACUUUGCCUGGGCUUCCGAGGGUACCACCCGCAAGACCCGUGUCAUCGUUGUCGCCUACCACCCUUCCAACAACGAGCUUGUCCGCACCAACACCCUGACCAAGUCCGCCGUCGUCCAGAUCGAUGCCGCUCCUUUCCGUCAGUGGUACGAGGCCCACUAUGGCCAGCCCCUCGGCCGUAGACGCCAGCAGAAGCAGGGUCAGACCGUUGAGGAGGUGAAGAAGUCCAAGUCUGUUGAGAAGAAGCAGGCUGCCCGCUUCGCCGCCGGUGGUAAGGUCGACCCCGCUCUCGAGAAGCAGUUCGAAGCCGGUCGUCUCUACGCCGUCAUCGCCUCCCGCCCCGGCCAGUCCGGCCGUGCCGAUGGCUACAUCCUCGAGGGUGAGGAGCUCGCUUUCUACCAGCGCAAGAUCCACCACAAGUAAGCAUCACGCUUGCGUGUGAGGACAAAAAAGGACAAAUAGGGUCUGAGCUCGGGUUCGCGUCGGUUUUCCCGCAUGGUGUUCUUGUCGUUUUAGGGCUGCCCAUCUGCAUUCGCCGGUAACAGGCACGGCGCGGGGAUAUCGGGGAUAUAGGGCAAUGGAAAAUGAUAUACCCACCAGUAGAGCGGUUCGCGCGAAUAAUCGAGCCAGG